AUGGAACAUUAUCAGAAAAAUUCCGGCAAGCUCAACAAGUUCACAUUCGCUUUAACGAAUCCGAUCAAAUUACAACCAUGGGAGUUCUUACACACUGAUGUGAAGCAAGGUAAUUUGCUAGGAACGGGUGCAUUUGGCGAAGUCCGAGCAGGAACGCUACAGUUAAAAACUGGUGAAACUGUCGAUGUGGCCAUAAAAGUUGUAAGUUACAAAAGUUCAAAUGUUCGGGAUAUUUUUGGGUGA